GGGGAGGCCCUGGCCCAGGGUGCCCAGAGCAGUGGGGGCUGCCCCAUCCCUGGAGGGGUUCCAGGCCAGGUUGGAUGGGGCUCGGAGCCCCUGAUCCAGUGGGAGGUGUCCCUGCCCAUGGCAGGGGUGGGACUGGAUGGGCUCUGAGGUCCCCUCCACCCCAGCCCCGAGGGCUCCGCUCCCCGCCCCAGCCCCGCCCCGCGGGCACCGGCGGGAGCAGCCGCGGAGCCGAAGCGGAGCCGAAGCGGAGCGGGGCCGCAAUGGGAGAGGCUUUGCAGGAGCGCAGAGGAACCGUCCUGCUGCCCAGGAGCUGCUGCAGCCGCCGGGGAACCGUCAGCAGUCAUGCCGAGCUGGCCUGGUGCAAGAUGACCCUCAUGACCACACCAGCGGCCAGAGUGGCCCAGGCUUUCUUUUGCCUCCUGCUGUGCAUCCCCUGGAGCAGCUCCUGCCCCCCGAGCUGCCAGUGCACAGAGCGGGCAGGGGCGAAGGCCGUCCUCUGCAGCUCCCGGCACUUGGAGGAGAUCCCCAAAGACAUCCCCAAAGACGCCGUGUUCCUCAAGCUGGAUGCCAACAGCAUCACCAGGAUCCCCAGCAAUGCCUUCAGGCACCUGUCCCACCUGGAGGAACUCGAUCUCUCCAGGAAUGCCAUCGAGAAGAUCGAUAGGGCGGCUUUCAAAGGGGUGGGUGCGGGGCUGCGUACCCUCGACCUCUCCAGCAACCGCAUCCGCAACGUCCCCAAGGAGGCCUUGCUGGCUCUCAAUGCCAAGCUCCGGCUGGCCAACAACCCCUGGCACUGCGAGUGCGCCUUACAGGAGGUGCUGUGGGAGGCACGGUUGGACCCUGACUCCGUCCAGGACAUCACCUGCCACACGGCUCCACGCGAGGAGUACGUGGGCAAACCACUGCUCCAGGUCCUGGAUGCUGGCGUCAACUUCUGCAGCGUCCGUCAGAGGACCAUGGACGUGGCUAUGUUCAUCACCAUGUUCGGCUGGUUCGCCAUGGUCAUCAUCUACGUGAUCUGCUACGUCCGGCACAAUCGAGAGGACACCUGCAGGCAUGUGGAUUACCUGCAGUCCCUGCCGAGCACCCAGGACCAUGCAGAGACCACCAGCACCGCCCUGUAGAGCAGGACUGGGGCAUUCAGCUCCUUUGCAGGGAGCUGGUGGCAACCUGGUGGCCUUCAAAGCUUCUCCGUGGGAUUUUCCAGUGCUUGCUCCGGUCCUGCAAAUGAGUGCCACUGAUUUCACCCCUCCCCAGCUAUGCUGGGCUGAGCAUGAGCACAGGACACGGGGAGGGGUGUCAAGAACACCCCAUGCAGACCUGUCUACAGAGCUCAGGUUCCCAGGAGGACACCUCCCCUGCCCCCAGACCCCUAUUCCCUGCCUGGGCUGGGCUCGCAGGGAAAGCAGCCCCAGCCACGUGCUCACAGUCCACAUGGUUUGGAGACAACAAGCUCCCGCAAGGAGAUAGAUGAGGAUGGGGGUCUUGUGGAGGAGCCAGGAGGUCCCUGAAGCCUGGGCUGCAGAGCCUGGGUCGCUCUUUGCCUCAGGGUCAUCUCAUCCUGGCUCCAGUGAGGGACCAGCCUUGCACCAGCCUCAACGCGGCAUCUCGGCAGCUUCUGCCACUGGACAAAGCCCUCGGGGUCGGCACUGCCCUGGGAGCCGGGCGUCUCAGGGCAGCGGCUCUCGAUAGGGUUGCGCUUGUCCUAAUUCAAUCUCUCCCGAAGCAGACAAGCCUAAAUUCAAUGUAUCAGCUCAACUCCCAGCAGGUUAAACCCCCUCCACCUUCAGCCCAGCCUGCCUGGCGCUGGGGCCAGCUGGUCCAGUGGUGCCUCUGCGUCUCAGCGGGUACAUCUUGCCUUAUCUUGCCUGUCCUCAGGGCUGAAUUAAAGAUGCUGCUUAUGGCUCAGCACAAAGGAAGCAAAUUGAGUUCUACCUUAUUUCACAAGCAAGAAAUGGUCCUUUCCAGCAGGGCUGGGGGAGGAGGAAGCUCUCCUGGGCCUGCACCCUGGGGCGGCUCAGGCUGUGCUCCCCCUAUCCUUCUCCGGUGGGGCUGGCACCUCUUGCAGGCUCUCCCGGACCUGGGAAAAGGCAGCGGGAAUGGCGGGGAUGGGGAGAGGCUGAGCGAUGCUCUGCACCACUUGGGAGAGG